AUGUCUACCUUCACCCAUGACGAUGACCUCAACGUAGAAGACUAUUCCUACACAGAGCCCGAUCCGGCUCCCACAACUCCCACGCCAGCAGAACAAUCAAUGAGCUCAGGCACAAACCCACUACUGGCCAAUGACAACCCGCACGUCUCAGAGAUCGAGCAGGAAGUGCUAGACGAAUACGCGAGACUUCUCAGGAACGUGAACCAACUUUCUGACAAAAUUGAUGAGCUCGCCGGUUCUCCCGCCUCUAUGACGUUGGACGGAGUGCGUCUUCUUGAGCGGAAGACUGCAACUGUUUGCACACUUCUCAAGGCUAGUGUUUAUAGCAUUGUUCUGCAACAGCAGAUCUGGAAUGAAAAUGAGGAGCAGCAGCAACAGCAACAGCAAGGUGAUAACGAGAGUCAGUUUGGGGAUCAGGAUUAUACGCAUGCUACGGGUGGAGGGUAUGAGGAUGUGACUUUCCAAUAA